CCUCUCUCUAUUCGUGGCACACCUAAGCUACAGUACUUCUUAGGGUGUCCGACGUAGCAAAGUCUCUCUCUCUCGGCGCCGUGAUGAUUGAAGGCAAUUUGGUUGGGAAACCUCGCAAAAACACAGUACCAGGGCAAAAGCCUUUUGAUUUCUUUCCCUUUAUUCCCUCUGUCUCUUUCUGAUUGAAACUUUACUCCCACCGUUUCACAUGUGAUUGUUUCUUCCAUUUCCUAUUCCUACAGCUAUACCCCUCUGAACUCUCCGUCUCUCUCGUUUCCCUUUCUCCAAUUGCCCAUUUCUCAUCUCACUUCCAUUUUAUUUUCUUACAUUUUCCUGCUGCUUUGGCUUCUUUUACCUUCAAUUUCAUCUGGGUGUUUCUUAUUCUUUGUGUUCUCGCACGAAAUCUCUAGGGUUUUGAUUUUUACCUUCGUUGGCUACUCUGAAUCUCACAUGUUGCUCACUUCUUAGGUCUCACUUACCUUCAAUCUCAUCUGGGUAUUUCUUAUUUUUCACAUAUUUGUGCUAAAACGUCCAGGGUUUCGAUUUCAACUUUGUGGGCUAAUUUGAUUGUUCAAUUUCCCUUAUCGGGUUACUCUGAGAUCUCAAUUCUGGAUAUUGGGUUGUGCUCCUUUCUCUUUGAUUCACUCUUUUCCCCUCUGAAUUUCAAUUCCAAUAGCAAUGUCACAAGGCUAUGCAAUAGAGCUUUACUUCGAUCCCGCCCUCGAAAACCAGGUCUUGAAGGCCUGGAACGUGCUCGCUCGCCGCCAAAUCAGCACCCAACUCAUCGAAAUCGAAUCUCGUCCACAUAUAACCCUCUUCUCCAGCCCCUUUAUCGACCCCGCGAAGCUGGAAAACGUUGUCAAGAGCUUUGCUUCAAAGCAGGAGCCUUUGCCUUUAUCUUUCUCGUCAAUUGGGAGCCUUCCCAGUGACAACAAUGUGCUUUUUCUUUCGCCUACGCCUUCAUUGUCGCUUCUUCAGUUCCAGUCGCAGUUGUGCGAUGCAGUGAGGAAGGAAGGGAUCGAAAUUGCGGAGGAGUAUCGCCAGGACUCGUGGAUUCCGUAUUGCGCGGUUGCUCAGGAAGUGCCGAGGGCUCGGAUGGCCGAGGCAUUCUGCGUUUUGCGGGACUUGAAGUUGCCGGUUACUGGGUAUGCUAUGGAUAUCGGGUUGGUGGAGUUUUCGCCCGUGCGCGAACUAUUCUCCUUUGUGCUUGGUAAUUCAGUAGAGGCAUGACGUUCCAAAGCCAUUUUUAUGUGUUAAUCUGAAAUUUGGUUUUUCCUUAUGAAUGUGGUGCCUUUGGUGUUAAUGUAGGUUGAUUACGAUGGUGCUAUUUAGAGCAUAGUUACAAAAUUUGCAAUUUAUGUUUUUGAAUCUGACCUUUUUUUUUA